UGAUUGUAUAAUAAUAUUGUUACUGGACAUUUUUAUAUUAUCGUGUUUCCAUUAUAACUUCUUGUAAUGUACAAUAAAUUGUAAUAACAAUUAAUAAUAAUUAAAAAAACUCAUGGCGACGGUGGACGAAAAUGCGAUGCUUAAGGAAAAUCUGGAAGCUCAGUUGGACAGAUUAGUGCAACAGCUCAGUGACUUAGAAGAGAACAGACACGACUUGACCGAAGAAGAGUACAACGAAUGUAAAGAAGACACCGUGGAGCAGCUGAAAGAAUUUAAUGAAAGAUUAGGCAAGAUUACAGCCGGUGAUACGACUCUGCACGACAAAUUAAGUACUAUGCGUUUGGCAACCAGUGCUGCUAUCACGAAAGCUUUUCAAACGCCAUCCAUAAUUAAGAUGUUUGCCAAAAACGAGCCGAACGCUCUGAAAGAAAAGCGCAAUCAAAUCGAAAGAGACAUGAAGUUAGGAAAGCUGAAAGUGGAACUGGGCAAUCGACAAAAAUUUGAAGUUUUAACUGCGUUGAGACAUCUUGGUUGUGAGCUAACAGAUAUGGAUAACAUAUUUGUCCAAGAAGAAAUCGGCAAGUACCAAAAAACCCCAUCGUCAGGCGGUUUCAACAUUACUGACAACAUAAAUGGUUUUGAUUUCAAUACGCUUUUCAAGCUGGACCACAGUGCAGUAUAAUAUCAUUUUGUAAAACAGCUUUAAACUAUUAAAUAGUUUUCAUUAUUUGGUACUAGUGUAUUGAUAGUAUUAUGUUUGUGUUGUUUUACUUGAUUUAAAUUUAUAACUAAAUUAUGAAGGUAUAUUUUGUAAAUUAAAGUACAAUUUUAGUUCAUGUUUUGAAAAAUGGUUAAAUAUUGUUGUGCAUUGUUAUUUAAAGACUGUUACUAAUU